ACGGGCGGAUCGCGGCUUACAGAAACCACCGAAACUCCCAUCUUUCUCAUCCUUCCUCUCCGUUCCUACCAGAAACCAUUGAGGAAGGUUGUCUCCAAUUUUAUUUUGAUUGAAUGGCAAAUAGUAAAUAUGAGUACGUGAAAAAGUUCGAAAUGGAUGAUAAGCUGCCAGCGUGCAAUUGGAUUAUUGUAAGAAUUGAUGGCCACAAAUUUCAUCAGUGUCUAUACAGAAAACCACGCCACAAUAAGUAUAAGCUUUUUCAGUUUGCUAUUUGUUUCUUGCGCAGUUUUAUAUGGAAGGAGACCAGUCAGCUUUAUGAUAGAAGGGCAAGUAAAAUACUUUCUCUCUCUGUGUCGUAUUUCACUUCUUUGUAUGUGAUAAAAUGGAAAGAUUUCUUUCCCCACAAAGGCUUGAAGGAAACGCCUUGUUUUGAUGGAAGGAUUGUACUGUACCCGAGAGCAAAGAUUGUUAGGGACUAUCUCUCUUGGAGGCAAGUUGAUUGCCACAUUAACAAUCAAUACAACACCUGUUUCUGGAUGCUUGUAAAAUCUGGGAAAACGAAGAAGGAAGCACAGGAGCGUUUGAAGGGCACUCUUGCAAAGGACAAAAAUGAGUUGCUCUUCCAGCAAUUUGGUAUCAAUUAUGAUAAGCUGCCUGAUAUCUUCAAGAAAGGAUCAUGCGUCUAUAAAGAUACAGUUGAGGAGACGUUGAAACCGGAUAAUGGUGGAAAUCCUGUCAAAAGACAAAGACAAAGGGUGACUGUGGGACACUUCAACAUUAUUGAUGACAGGUUCUGGGACGAACAGCCCAAUAUUCUCAGGGAAAAUUAAAGAAUUUAUUGCAAAUUUAUGCUGCAAAUUAGUGCUACUCGGUCAUCCAAAGCAACUUGAAAGCGCAAAUCUUUUUUUCUAUCGGAACAGGUAGUUUUUGUUGUUUAAAUUAUGUUGUAGGGGAAUUUAUAGUGUGUUCAUACAAAAUAUUCAUUGUUGUAUUUUUGUUGAUGAUUUUCAAGCCAUCUGGGGUAUGAUUUGUUUAAAAAGUUCAGUCUAAA